AUCUUGCCAGCGUGCAAACUACUGCCCAUGUGCAAAAAAGGCUUCACGAUUUCUAGAAACUUCCGGGUCAAAACAAUAACGCAACUUCCGUUGACUACCUCGUUCCUUUCCGUCUCAGCCAUUUUUGCAAAUUGGUCAACUCGACGUUGUACCGUUGCCGCCAACAUGCAGAACGACGCAGGAGAAUUUGUGGACCUCUACGUCCCCCGCAAGUGCUCUGCUAGCAACAGAAUCAUCGGCGCUAAGGACCAUGCCUCCAUUCAGAUCAACAUUGCAGAGGUUGAUAAAGUCACUGGCAGGUUUAACGGCCAGUUCAAGACCUACGCUAUCUGUGGAGCCAUCCGUAGAAUGGGUGAGGCUGAUGACUCCCUUCUGAGGCUGGCAAAGACUGAUGGUGUUGUGUCAAAGUAA